GGAAAAUAACAAGCGUUAGAAUUAUGAAUGUGUAACGUUAACGGACAUGACUGAUAAACAAAUAAAAAUGACGCCAAGACGUUAUUUAGACUUUUUUAUGUUAUUUUCUAUGGCUGAAGUGACCAGAUGUUGGAGUAUAAAGGAACAAAUGUGGGUUUUCAAGGGUGGUGCAUUCAGAGACGUGUAAACAAUGACAACCCCCAUUACUGGAGUUUAACUUAAGUGUCACAAGGGUGUAGUGGUACCUCCUACUACUGUUUUGGGAUAAACUCUUGAUGAAUCCACAAAUAUCUUUUAACUGGCUAGCUCGAAAACUUCUCUCUGCCCUAUGAUCAACUGUAGUCAAUCAUUACUCACUCAGUACACAGACUCUAGUGUAUGAGCAGUUCUCUAAUGAUUUUGCCAGCUCUUAAAAGAGCUUCAGAAUUGCCAGGAACAGUUUGCAGGCCUUAAGUGGUUCUCUUCAUCUGAUGUGGAUAGUUUGAUUGGAUUAUGGCUCAAAUUAUUGCUCUGUCACGUUUUCUUCACCUGAAGCACCCACUGCGGGUGAAAUUAGCAUCAUUGUGUUUUCGAAGUAUGUCAUCAUUAGACACUCGAGCCCGAGCUGUGUUUUCUGCAGCAGUUGAAGGUGUGCAGCCGGACAUAGUGGUCCGCAGGAGUCUGGAGCGACAUGGAGACAAACUGCUUGUAGGUGGACAGAGUUUCACACUUGCCAAUAACCUUUAUCUGGUGGGCUUUGGAAAAGCUGUACUGGGGAUGGCAGCCGAAGCGGAGAGGAUUGUAGGAGACCAUCUAAUUAAAGGGGUGGUCAGUGUGCCUCAUGGUAUCCAGAAAACACUAUGCAUUCAUGGAAAAGAGAAGAUGCUCCUCAAGAAGAACAGCAGAAUUACCGUGAUGGAAGGAGCAAAGAAAAAUUUACCAGAUACAGAUGCCCAGAAGUCAGCAGAGUGUAUUCGAGAACUAGCCAGUGGUCUGACUGAGAAAGAUCUGCUGCUCGUGCUCAUCUCUGGUGGUGGUUCUGCUCUUUUACCUGCUCCAGCCCCACCCAUGUCCUUGCAGGAGAAACAGGAUGUGACACGAAAACUCGCAGCAGCAGGGGCCACUAUUCAGGAGUUAAAUACAGUAAGGCGAGCCCUGUCAUUGUUGAAGGGUGGAGGUCUUGCCCAGUGUGCCAACCCAGCCCAGGUAGUGGCAUUGAUUCUGUCAGAUGUUAUUGGAGAUCCUCUGGAUUUGAUAGCCAGCGGCCCAACAGUCAUGAGUGACUUCAAACCAGAGGAGGUCUGGGCUAUCUUGGAUCGUUAUAAGCUCUCUUUCUCUCUUCCUUCCUCUAUGAAUGAGGUGCUUAGUAAAGGUAGAGCCCAUUAUGGGUCGCAGGUGCAAAAACAGGCAGAAGUCCAAAAAGACCAUGUUUUAAAUGUCGUAAUUGGCUCAAACACUAUUGCUCUUGAAUGUGCCAGCCGUAAGGCUGUUGAAUUAGGACUUCGACCCAUCAUUCUGUCUCCAGGCAUAUGUGGUGACGUUCACUCUGUUGCACGACUAUACGGGCUGCUCUCUCGUUUUGCGUGCUCCCCAGAAAAGGAAACUCCCCCAGAACUCACUGCAGAGAUCCUUCAGCUUGGACCAGAGGUUGGGGUAGAAAGCUGGGACUUGUGUCGCACCAUGAACAUGCUCGUAGAGGAGAGGAAGGAAGGCUGGGGUGUGACCUGUCUUCUGGCUGGAGGGGAACCCACUGUGAAACUGACAGGAAAGGGCAGGGGAGGGAGGAACCAGGAGUUGGCUCUGCGGGUGGGGCUUGAGCUCAGUAGGGAUGAAGUAAAGAGUGCUGCAGUGUUCCUCAGUGGAGGAACCGAUGGACAGGAUGGCCCAACUGAGGCAGCUGGAGCCAUCACUGAUGGGGAAUUGAUGAAAGAAGCCAUGUCUCAAGGUCUGGACAUCAAAGUUUCUCUCAUCGAUAAUGAUUCGUUCACAUUUUUCUCACAGCUCUCUGAAGGACGACGGUUACUCAUGCCUGGACUGACAGGAACCAAUGUGAUGGAUGUGCAUGCUAUGCUGCUGCCACUGUCAGCCCAAAGAGACUUCCAAUAAUUUGACUCCAGGAUGUUUUAUGUCUAGAAGCAACAAAAUUAUGGAGGAUUUUUUUUCAUAAUGCCACUUAUUUUAACCACUAAUAUUUUUGUUUCCUGGAUGACUGGAUGACUCCUGCUUGGUCCUGAACCAAAGUAAGUUGCUUUUCAAUGUGAACUGUUAUACACUGACUGAAAUACAAUUUACUUAUGAAAUAAAUAACAGAAAACGAAUACAUAAUCAUAUACAAAUAGUAUUUAUUAUUUUCACUGAAAAAAGACAGCAGUAACCUCUUGGACUGAAAACUGGUAGAGGCACACUUGAUGUAUUUUUAUUUUUUUUUAUCUCUGAACAGUCAAGUCUAUUUUCUUACAACACUGAAAUUAAAUGUUUGAUUUCUACAUACAGACCAGAUGACUAUGUGAACAUUUGGGAUCUUCAUUUAGAGUAGUAUUCCUGUCAGUUCUUAGUCGAAUGAUACUGUGUAAGAAUGGUUCAAGUUUUGCUAUCUACUGGCUUCCAGUUUCAAUCCAAAUAAAUUAAAGCAUUCUAAAAAAGAUAUUAAAGCUGCUAUAUAUCACAGCAUGCUCCUUUAAUGCUUUCUUUGCCGUGCACAGCACCAUUCUGUCUAGUAUUUUAGAGCAUAUAUUUAUGUGUUUGGACCUUGAGUUUUGCACCACAGUUCGUCACAGACAUCUUCACAAGUAAAACUGAUUCAGAGGCAGAAGUUAUUAUUAUUUAGUCUUCUUGAAAUAAUGUAAUUGCCAUCGUGUGUGUCUGUCAUCUUAAUCCAGUUGCAGGUACAGUAAAUCACUCACGGUGGGUUUUCAUGGCAUCACCAGCUGCACUUUCCCUAGGAAAAAUUAUUAGAAAAAUAUUAGAAAAUAUUAGACUUGACAAUGGAACAGCAGUAUUUACAACAGGGCUAUGCAUAAAUUACCUUUAAAACAAAAUACUUGUGUGUUUAGAACUACAUGCCAUUUUUUUUUUCAAUAAUGUUUUAUAAUAGUGUUAUAAUAGUGCAAUAAUAGUGUUUUUUAUUACAUUAGAAUUAAAGCAUGUUUCUGUCUAUCCUCUGUACACUUCAAAUGCUAUGAUCUCACUCAAUCAUUCCGUAUUCUGACAUUUUGUACUACCUGCUCAACAUAUGCUACCUGCAGGUAAAACAAUCAAAAUUUAAGCUAAAAUGGGUGGCAUGUGUUGUGAGCCACAAGAUAAGCCAUCAGAUGUUAAAAAUGAGGCAAAUAUAGCGUUAGCAUCAUAUACUGAUAAGUACCAUGUAUUUUCAGGACACUGGUUCAUGACAAACCAUUCCACGUAUUUUGUUUAUUUGUUAUGUGCAUGACUCAAAAUAAAAAAAAUAGGUUGGUCACUUAAAGGGGUCAUGCUUGAUGCAUGAUGCUUUUUUUUAAAGAUUGUUAUUUUGUGUAUUUGUUAUAACGGAUAGUCUGCGAUUGUUUUUCAUGUCCGCGGUUUGAAGCAACCCCAAAACCAAUAACGUGAUAUUGAGACUCUAAAAUGCGAAUUUUACCAAGGCAACCCUUCCAAAAAAUGCUAUUUUUAUUGGGGAACCUCCUGGAAACGCGAUUGGGCUAGUUUUGGAUUAGUUUUAAGAAGCAACUGGGCAGGAUUUGUUGUGAAAACCUGGCAACCCUGAUCUGAACGCACGUGCUGGAGAUAUACUUCUAAUUACAGGAGCAUCUUAACUGAUGAGAUGCGCAUGCGCAUUUGAUUUUUUGCACAGCCCUAACACAGACACACACAACGCGCAAAACUCUGGAUAUGAAUAUUCAAUAGCAAAUACUUAAGCUAAUAGCAGAACAUAACUACAGUAGCUGAUUCAGAAGCGCCAGAUUGUCAUAGCAAAGUCAGAAUUACCUCUUCUCCUAGGUUCACGAAACAGUCAUCCAUAAUAUGCGUUGCUGUUCUGUUGUAAGAAGUCUUAAAGAUGCAUCUUAAAUGCAUCUACUUCCUGAAGCCCAAAAAAAAGUGCUUUUGCUUUCGCCUAGAUACACACAGCAUCUCCCCGACAUGGCUGCUUAACUUGUGUUACUGAAACCACACCUUCUUUGUAUGAACAUUUGGGCGGCAUUACGCAAAUAUUUCCACAUAGUGACGUAGACAUGGGGGCGUGUUUGAAUGAACUGUUUUAGGGGGGGCGUGGCAGUCUUAACUUUGAUAAAAAAUAUAUCUCUUUGGAUUUGAGACUUUAGUCUUUGCAACUUUACAGAUUUUCUUCAUCCACCAAGAGCUUGUAACACUCCAAAGAGAAAAGAACAUUUACAUCGCAUCAUAUGACCCCUUUUAAUUCUUACCAUCCGCUCAGGUGAGGCGCAGUGUCAGGUGUCCCGCCAUUCUGUCCUCCAGUCCCUGAAGAAUCAUAUGAACAAUCAUAUUUAGUCUAAUAACUACCUUUUAAAGGGGACAAAAUACAGGUAUAUGCAGACACAAAGUUGUAUUCAACUGCCGCUUUAUUGGAAUUAUUAUUGAUAAGGUGGAGCAACAUAAUGGAGCGCCUCUGAAAAUACUCACCCUGUCUGUAGUACAUAUCGUUGACAGUGUUCCCGUACAUUUUCCAGGCAAAGUGGAUGGCUACGAGACUGAUGAUGAGCCAGGUGAACAGUAUCUUAAACACUGUAACUCUCAUGUCGUUGGCCAACCAAUCGUCCACAAACUCGGACAGAAAGGAAACCAGAUUGUCAACCAUUCGAGACAAGAAUUCAAAAUCCCACGAUUCCUCCAUGUCGUGUGUGUUUCUUCUUCUUUUUUUUUUUUUUUCUUACAUUCUAUUGUCUGGUUCUAAACUAGAUAGCCAGUGCUUUCAGAAAAUGUAUGUAAUUGAGCAGUCAUCUUAAAAGUAAACAAAGCUGAACCGCUGUCUUCUUCUGAGGUUUGAAAACAAUCGCGACGUCAUCAUCGCCAUCUGUCGGCCUGGGGAUCACAGACUUCUCAGUCUCAAGACCGGAAGAAGCUUUGAUAACAUCUGCAACUAUGUCAUGGUCAGAGAGAAAGUUAUAUGACGAAAAAAUGUGAGGCCUGUCCAGAUAAACAAUACAGAUCUACAGGUGGAACAUAUUUUUACUGUGAGAACUGCAGCAAAUGUAUAAAAGGUAGUAUCGAGCUCAAUUCUUGCACAUCUACAAGUGACACUAUAUGCAAAUGUAAAAAAGGCUUUACACCCAUUGAUUGGAAACGAAAUAUAAAGGAAGAGAUCUGCAUUUGUAAAAAAGGUUCUGGAAUAGAUGAAACAGGAAUAUGCAAAAAAUGUGCACAUGGCUUCUUCACAGACAAAGAAGACUCGAUUUGUCAAAAAUGGAGAGAGUGUAUAAGUGGGAUUGGGAUCCCAGGCACCAGCACUUCUGAUGUUGUUUGCAAAAAUGCCUCGAUAGAGGUGACGAAAACUCCCAAAACCCACACUACCCCAUUCCAGACAACAACAAUCUCUUCUACGUCCACUUCAAGAACUACAGACUCCUCUCCCAACAACACACAAAAAAACAGCUACUACAGCUUGUGGCUGGUUAUGCUGUGCUCUGGUAUUCUUCUGCUGGCUGGAGUCCUCUACCACAAGUGUAAAGCCUCCCCCUGUAUUCAUAACCACAAGAAAAUGGAUUUUCGAAAAGAAAGUGUAUGCAGAAAGCCUGUUGAAGAAUCUGGGGAAAAGUGCCAUUCUAUGCUUGUCUAACGAUGUUGUUAAUGGCCUUAGUGUUUCUUUUUGUGGAAUAUAUUGUACGCAUGCAAUUUAAGUUGUUUUAUAACUAGUUUAAUUGCUGUUAACUUAAUUAAAUUUCCACUUAAUAACACCACUUAAAGGGAUAGUUCACCCAAAAAUGAAAAUUCUGGCAUCAUUUACUCACGCUCAAGUUGUUUCAAAUCUGUAUGUGUUUGUUUCUUCUGUUCAACACAGAAGAUAUUUUGAAGAAGAAUGUUGGUAACCAAACAUUUGAUGGUACAUUUUUUAUUUUUUUUUACUAUGGAAGUAAAUGGCUAUCUUCAACUGCUUGGGUACCAACAUUCUUCAUUCAUCAUAAAUGAUGAUAGAAUUUUUAUUUUUGAGUAGGAUGACCAUACGUCCUCUUUUUACCGGACAUGUCCUCUUUUUGGACCUUGAAAAAUGCGUCCAGUCGGGAUUUUUUAAAUUGUCCAAAAUAUCCAGGAUUUGGCUUUUGCUUUCUAUAGUCGCCAUUCAUUGUUUUUCGUUUUUGUAUUAGAGCCCUGUGUCCAUUACCGCCCGCUGCCACAAACAUUUUAAUAUUGCAUACAAUUCUUGCGCAUCAGGGGGCUGCUAUCAAUACGUGUAGAACAUAAUCUUUUUUGAAUGAGCGCUCGCUGUUCAUUUUCACUUUCUAUUUCCAAUCACAUGCGCCCUGAGAUAUUUGUCAAUGAGCUCUGGAUCUUUUGAGCAGCAAAUCUUUCAGACUGGUUUGCCAGUCAUUUGUCCUCUCAACCCUUGACCAGUCAAAUCUGACUCCAGCAGCUCAUAUUGGAUGCAUGGUUGUCAAGUGCGCGUGUUUCUUUUUUUGUUUUUUAUGGAAUUGUUUCCAUGGCUUGAUUUUCCCACGUGGGCUAAAGGUUAGAAAUUUUGCAUAAAUUACAUUUUACUGAAAUGCUUGUAAUGAAACAUUUUGCAUUCUACCUAUGAUAAAACUUGUUCUAGAUGUUUUGUUUUGUGAAGGACAGCCACUGGUAGGAAGCUUUUUAGCUGUGUUUAUGCUAAAUAUGCUGUGUUAAGUUUGACAGGAAGUUUUGAUUUAAUCUAAAGGUCCGAAAGUUUUUUCCGAAAUUUUUGCAUGUAGAAAAAUAAAUACGACCUCACGUUGCGUCAAUCAUGUUUACACACUGCCUCCGAAACUUUCGUAUGUCAUAAAAAAAUUUGGAUCAGGUUUGAUUUUCUGCGUUUUCACAUCCGUAGCAUGCAAUUUGAUAGGAAAGGAUGGUAAAUACAAAAAAAAUGUAUCUUGAGACAAAAAAGCUUAAUAGUCUUAGUCACAUUUUAGUCAUUUGAGUCUUUCAUAGUUUUAGUUGAUGAAAAGUCGUUGCAUUUUUGUAAACUUUUAGUCAUUACUUUUAGUCACACUGCAAUUACCAACGUUUAUUUUGGUAGCUAUUUUAUAUGUAUUUUGAUAUGUCUUCAAACAAAAAAAGAGUUAUUAAUUCUUCUCUCUUUAGACCAAAUCAAUUAAGCUUAUAAGAAAUUUGAUUGAAUUUGGAAAUACUUGAAUAAAUUAUGACAAUUUUCAUUUUUGGGUGAACUAUCCCUUUAACAGUAGUGAAAAGGUAGCAACUUGUUAAAUUUAUAGUUGUUCAUAUGUGUGUGUGUGUGUGUGUGUGUGUGUUUGUCAUCUUAAAAAACAGUCAAGUUUUGUUCAUAAUUAAUAUUAGUAUUAAUAUUUGAAUGUGCUUUAGUGGAUGUUGUAAGAAUGAUGUAAAUCAUUGGUCUUCGCUAUGUUUUUUGGAAUCAGCACUGAUAGGGCUAAGUCAAUCAGAGAGACACUUGUACUGUAAAGUAUCAAGUUAAAUACAGUUAUAAAUAGUAUGCCUUAUUAUCAAUCUGUCAUCCCUAAUAUGCAAUGCAAUAUAACACAAAAGGGAUCAUCAUUCUUUAUCAUUUAACAGUCAAGUUUGUAACUGAGACAAGAUGAUAAAAAAGCAGGAUUAACUUAAUGCUGAAAAGACCUUAAGUUAUUUUAUUACAUUUUUUACUAGCAUUUCACGGUCUGACUGUGUCUUCACCAGACUGCGCAUGCGCACCGGCUGAUCAAACCUGAAAAAUAAGCUUUUUAUAAAGCUAUCUGAGCAAAAGUAACAACAUUUAUGACACAGUUUUUGUCAGAUUUCUUUGGUGAUUUCAAAUCUGAAAUUUAAUCGUAAGCUUAGUAAACCUUUUCGGAGAAUUUUAUGUUUCCCCAUUUAAAGAGAUGUACUUGCAUUUCUGAGAGGUUUUUCAAAGAUGGCUGGAGAGUGACAUGACUUGUCUUAAAAGGACUUUGGCCCACAUCCAGAGGAGACAACAUCACUGGGUUCUAUUGUCUUUUGUCAGAUCAUGCCACUUAAGUCCGGUGAAGACAUGGUGUGAGUUUUUUUCUAUGGGUUAUGUUAUAGCCCUGCUUGUUUUUAAUGUUUUUAUAAAAUAUCUUUAUUGACUGCAUGAUCAUAUCAUCGAAUUAGUCUUUUUACUGCAAUGCGAGCCACAAAGUAAAACUUGGUGAGCCGUGCAAUAAGUAACACUGAUGUAAAUAGUCAAAAGUAGCUUACAUGAGUGGUUGCUUAAGACCCAUUUACACCUGUUUCGGGCAACCGGUUUGAAACAUCGGGCUCCAAAACAAAUGUAUCCACAUGUGAAGGUGUUCAAGGUAAUAUUUUAAACAUUGCGCUUGUAGUGUAAAUGCUCAUCCAUUUGAAUUCAGAUGGCUAAUUUAAUAUAAGCUUUGAAUUGAUUUCAUUUCAUUAUUUGGAGAUAGAUCUACUUCGAAAUCUGCUGAUUAGUGAAUUGGAAAUGCAAACUUCACAUUGUCUGAGGUUCAGUCGAAAGCUGUAGGAAGAUCGAUGGAUGCCAUAACCUUAUAGAGUCAUUUCCAUGUUGCCACAAUGACUCAUGCAUACCUGAAAGAAAUGACAAAUUACCUGAGUUUCCCAUAUUUAGGUGGGCUAAAGACAACUCUGAGAAUAUUUCCCUUUUUUUAGUGCGUGUAGCCUAAUUGUAAAGAUUGAAUCUUGUUUCUGUGAAAUGGAAAUAAAUGACAUUUUUGUAGGCAGAAAUAUUUUUGUUGUAAUUCUGUGUCUGAUUAUAUUGUGUCUAAUUUACAACUUUAAAUAAAGGUCUAAAUCUUA